AUGAUCGUGUUUGCGGUGAUUUUAGGACUGAUUGCGCUAGCAGCUUUUUUCGGAAAUUUGCUGGUCCUGCUCGUCGUCAAGAUUUAUGAAAGUUUCCAUUACAUUCGAUACUUUCUGCUGGCCAGCUUGGCUCUUUCAGAUUUACUGUUUACGGUAAUGAUCACUAGCAACCGCUCAGUAUGCGUUGGUCUGGAGAGAUGGAUUUUUGGUACCACCUGGUGUCACAUCGCAGCAUAUUUCGCCAGGUCGCUUUACCCUAGCACUGUGUUCCAUCUUUGCCUCGUGUCUUAUGAGAGAUACUGGGCCAUCUUUAAAGAUCCUUUCAACUAUACCGGUCGCCUUACAAAGAAACGCACCUUUCUAGGUGUGAUGUUCUUGUGGGUAGCACCAAUGGUUCUCUCGGUUGGUCCUUUCAUCGGAUGGGGAGGAUUCGUGUACACCGAUCGCCCAGAAAUCUUUGCCUGCGAGACGAAAUGGGACAAAGAAACCUUGUUUCCCUUUUCAGCUAUUUCAUUUCUUGUUCCCUUUGGGUUAAUCUUCUUUUUAAACUACAAAAUACUGUCGGUAGUCCGCCGGAUUAAAUACAGUGUUAAGGUAUUUCCACUCCGAUGCGAUGUAGAUGGUAUGUUCCAAAAUAAGGAAAACGGUACAGAGCAGAACGAGCCUUCACAAGAUCAAAGAGUUCGACAGCAGGAGGACAAGAGAAAAACUAAAACGAUGUCAUCCAGUGAACAUGACGAGACGAGUGUUCUCGACGAUGUGAAAAAUUUCAUGGCAAACUAUUUGUCCAAAAUGAAAACUCAGCUGCAUACCUCGUUAGAAGGCCACUCGUCGCGACAAAACCAAAACCAUACCUCGGUUGAUGGGAAUGAUUUGCCAAAGGGAGCAAUAUGCCUGACUCGAAACAAAGACGAAGGUGGUAAUGAUUUUUGCCAUAAUCACAAGAGUAACAAUCUAUAUUCUAGGGGUGAAGAAAAGGUAAACAGAAUGAGAAAAUGUAAAACAUCCAAUACCAACUACAGGGUGGAAGAAAUCUCUCAUGGGCAGGCAUCAACAACGAGAUCAAGACAAUUUCAUAAGGAGGUGCGUGAAGACAGUAUGAGCUCUAUAACCAGAGGAGAACGUCAUCACAGCCAGUCUGACCGUUCUAAAUCCGAAAAUAUCGUCCCCCACCCCCCGGAUAACAAGUUUACGAUGCCCUCCCUGGAACGUCCUCCCUCAGAGAGGCAUACGCUUGGCAAAACCCAGAUGAGGAUUGCAAAAUUGCUUAAAGAAGGAAAGGCUGCCAUCGAUGCCAUGAUCAUUAUUGGUGUGUUUAUUUUGUGUUUCUUUCCCUUCUGGAUAAUAAAUUUUUAUCGCACUUUCGAAGUACUGCCUGUGGAGGCUGUCCUUACUGCUCACUGUCUUUACGCUUCUACAAUGGCCUGGAAUCCUGUAGUUUACUCCAUACGAAAGAGGGAGUUUAGAGAAGGCGUCCGAAAGCUGUUUAAGCUUUCAACCGCAUAA